AUGGCCCCCAAGAACUCGGGACACAGAAGUGAUCUUCGCCGAUAUCAAGCAAGCACUCAUGGGGUUAAGCAACAACACUCAUCAUCUCAAUCAAUCGACCAUUCCUCGAUCGACACUGUUCGUCAAACACCACACAUUGUACACACAACCGCCUCAAACACUCAAAUCCAUCCACAAAUUUUGAACCAUGAGACCCUUAAUCAACACACUAUUCACCAAGCCCAGCUAACCCAAAAUCCAUAUCAUACGCACGUUAUCUUACAAAACGAGAUCCGGACCCUCCAGAAUGGGUUCAGUUCCCUUGGUGUCGACGUCCCAUUUGAUCUUUAUCAAAGUAAAAUAGGCGGAUACCACGCCUACAGUGAUGGGAUAGAGAGUACUCCUCGGCAGUAUUUCACUGCCGACAAUCCAUACGACCCCCAAAGCCAAUCAUACACUCCGAUUCCGAUCUCCACACAACCUCAUCCGGUAUCCCACGGAUACUCGACUCAAUACCUCGCCCCCGCGAGCACAGCCUCACUCACUGUCCAGCCCACAGAAGAUGAAUGUACAUGGUUCAAAAUAAGUCAUGGGCACGAUAACAACGAGCAAGAUGUGAUGGGUUCGAGCAAUGAGCUGCAUGGUACAGGAGCUCAAUUCCAAGUCUCUUCACAUGAUGUUCCACGAUGCUUUGCUUCGGUCUCUCAAUUGGAGAUGGAUACAAUGGAAGAAUCAUCAUCACCUACCACUUGA